GCUGCCGUCAGGUAACUUGACUUGUCAUUCUCCUUUUAUUUUGAAAUGGUGGACUCUGCUCGCUCAGAGAAAAUCGCUCCGCGGUUUGAUUUCACGGAAGAUGCUGAAGAAACGGGAGCUGUUGCUUUCCGAGAGACAACCCUCCAGUGAUGAUGAGACCAUGGUCCCAGUACUAACCUCCAGAAAAGCCAGUGAACUCCCAGUCAAUGAAGUAGUGUGUAUCCUGCAGGCCGACCAGCAGCUGGGUUUGACUCAGGAGGAGGUGAGCCGGAGGAGGGUGUACCACGGCUGGAACGAGUUCGACAUCAGCGAAGAGGAGCCGCUAUGGAAGAAAUACAUCUCACAGUUCAAAGAUCCUCUCAUCCUGCUGCUGCUGGCCUCAGCGGUCAUCAGCGUCCUCAUGCACCAGUUUGAUGACGCCAUCAGCAUCACAGUGGCCAUCAUCAUCGUCGUGACAGUUGCCUUUGUCCAGGAGUAUCGUUCAGAGAAGUCUUUAGAGGAGCUCGGGAAGCUGGUACCUCCAGAAUGUCACUGUGUCAGGGAAGGAAACCUGGAGCACAUGUUGGCCAGAGAGCUGGUUCCUGGAGACACCGUCUGCCUGUCGGUGGGGGAGAGAGUCCCAGCAGACCUCCGCCUCUUCGAGGCAACCGACCUGUCUGUGGAUGAGUCCAGCCUGACGGGGGAGACCACCCCCUGCUCCAAAUCCACCUACCACCAGCCGGCAUCCACCAACGGGGACAUCGCCUCCCGUAGCAACAUCGCCUUUAUGGGGACGUUGGUGCGCUGUGGCAAAGCCAAGGGCAUCGUCAUUGGAACCGGAGAGAACUCCGAGUUCGGGGAAGUGUUCAAGAUGAUGCAGGCCGAGGAGGCUCCAAAGACACCGUUGCAGAAGAGCAUGGACCUCCUGGGGAAGCAGCUGUCGCUUUACUCCUUCGGCAUCAUCGGCGUCAUCAUGCUGGUGGGCUGGCUGCAGGGGAAGAGGAUCAUGGACAUGUUCACCAUCGGAGUCAGUCUGGCGGUCGCUGCCAUCCCAGAGGGUUUACCCAUCGUGGUGACGGUGACGCUGGCACUCGGCGUGAUGCGAAUGGUGAAGAAGAGAGCCAUCGUCAAGAAGCUCCCCAUCGUAGAAACUCUGGGCUGCUGUAAUGUGAUCUGCUCAGACAAGACGGGAACUCUGACCAAGAACGAGAUGACAGUCACUCAGCUGUUCACGUCGGAUGGACUCCACGCCGAGGUGACAGGCGUCGGCUACAACGGAGCCGGAGAGGUUUUACUGGACGGAGAGGUCAUUCACGGCUUCUCCUGCCCUUCAAUCAGCAAAAUCGUGGAGGUCGGCUGUGUGUGCAAUGAUUCGGUCAUCAGGAAUCGAAACCUGCUGGGUCGACCCACCGAGGGAGCACUCAUCGCCCUCGCCAUGAAGAUGGGCCUGGAGAGCCUGCAGCAGGAGUACGUCCGUCUGGAGGAGAAUCCGUUCACGUCGGAGCAGAAGUGGAUGGCGGUUCGCUGUGUUCACCGCACCCAGCAGGAUAAAGCUGGAGUUUACUUCAUAAAGGGAGCCUAUGAGCAGGUGAUUCGCUUCUGCAGCUCCUACAACAGCAGAGGAUCCACGCUUCCCCUGAACCACCAGCAGAGGGAGCUGUACCAGCAGCAGAUCAGCUACAUGGGCACCGCUGGGCUCAGAGUGCUGGCGUUUGCGGCGGGUUCUGAGGUGGGGAACCUCACCUUCCUGGGUCUGGUGGGCAUGAUCGACCCUCCGAGGUCAGGGGUCAAAGAGGCCGUCGGCACGCUCAUCAGCUCUGGAGUCGCCAUCAAGAUGAUCACUGGAGACUCCCAGGAGACCGCCAUGUCUAUAGCCAGUCGUCUGGGUCUGUACUCUAAAGGAUGUCAGUGUUUGUCUGGAGACGAGGUGGAUCAGCUGGACCUGCAACAGCUCUCCCAGAUCGUCCCCAGAAUAGCUGUGUUUUAUCGUGCCAGUCCCAGACACAAGCUGAAGAUUGUCAAGUCGCUGCAGAAUAUCGGCGCCGUGGUGGCCAUGACGGGCGACGGGGUGAACGACGCCGUGGCUCUGAAGGCCGCCGACAUCGGAGUUGCGAUGGGCCAGACGGGCACCGACGUCUGCAAGGAGGCUGCCGACAUGAUCCUGGUGGACGACGACUUCCAGACCAUCAUGUCGGCCAUCGAGGAGGGAAAAGGAAUCUACAACAACAUCAAAAAUUUUGUUCGCUUCCAGCUAAGCACGAGUAUUGCAGCAUUGACACUCAUCUCCUUGGCGACGCUGAUGAACUUCCCCAACCCACUGAACGCCAUGCAGAUCCUGUGGAUCAACAUCAUCAUGGAUGGACCUCCGGCUCAAAGUCUGGGUGUGGAGCCUGUGGACCGAGACGUGAUCAGGAAACCUCCCCGUAACGUCAGAGACAGCAUCAUCACCCGAAGCCUCAUUGUCAAAGUGCUGGUGUCGGCGCUCAUCAUCGUCUGCGGGACGCUGUUCGUCUUCUGGAGAGAGUUGCAGGACAACGUCAUCACUCCUCGAGACACCACCAUGACCUUCACCUGCUUUGUCUUCUUCGACAUGUUCAACGCUCUGAGCUCACGUUCUCAGACUCGUAUGGUCCAUGAGAUGGGACUGUGCAGCAACAGGACAUUCUGUUACGCCGUCCUGGCCUCCAUCAUGGGUCAGCUGCUCGUCAUCUACUUCCCUCCUCUGCAGAACGUCUUCCAGACGGAGAGUCUCAGCAUCUUUGACCUGCUGUUCCUGGUCUCCCUCACCUCCUCCGUCUGCAUCGUGUCCGAGGCCAUUAAGAAGGUGGAGAGGUGGAGGGGAGUUGAGCGGAGCCCCCCCAACGACUGCUUCCACGAGGUAUGACCUGACCACCGUCCGAGCCGGAGGACGAUGAAGGUGACGUUUCAGGAUCUCACACCUGAUGGCACUGACUCACUAAGACUGCAAAGACUUUUCUGUGAGAUCCUCAGACGGACGAGAAACUCUGGUCUGAGACUGGAGGACGCUGCUGGCUUCGGGACGAGGGGACGGAGGGUGGACUGGACUUUAAACUGGGAAGACGUGAUGUUCUGCUGGGAGAUCCAACCCGGCGCUCGGCAUCUUUACCUUCGCAGUUUGAACCCCACUUUGGGGAAACACCCGCGGUCCGACCACGCCCUCCUGUCGGGACGCGGCUCAAUAUUUAGGAUGAGAAAUCAGACGUGUGCAAUUCUUGGUGUCCUCCUCCAGUCGUCUUUUUAUAAUCUGACAUUUAGAAGGUGUUGACCACUACGCAGCUUGCUUUUCACGGUGGAACAUGGUAACUUUAAACGUGCGCUUAAAGAACAGGGUGGAGGUGUAAUGGUACAAAGCUGAAAUGUUUAAUUUCUUUUAAUUUUGCUCAAAAUUUACAGUAAUUUAAAGAGCAUGCGUUAAUAGGGCGCAUUAACCUGUUAACCUGCUCAACCUUAAUAUAUAUUUAUUCAUCUUUCUGUCUGAAAUCAGGUGCUUCUGAAGACAUUCAGUCCUUCUCUUGAAAUGCUCGAGGAGUCAGAAAUUGAAAGCAUUUCUUCUGAAAGGCUACAAAUAUCAAUAUCAUAAUUUUUUACUCUUUAAAAUUGAUAUCGACCCCCUCAAAAAGUUCGUUAUCACUUGAGCUCUGGCAUGUAACCAUAAUUCCUAGGAAACAGGGUUAUUAGGAUUGACCCUCCGGCGAUUAUAAAUGGAAUUUUAUGUUAAUCUAUCCACUCGUUGACGUAGUUGCGCCAAUAAUGUUAACGUGCCCGGCCCUAGUCAUAAAGAAACAUUCCAUAUUACUUUCAUGUGCUUUCUAUGGAGGUCUUUAGAUGCCAAUAUUACAAUCCAAAUCAUUUAUUGAACAUAAAAUGAAAAGACAACAACAGAAGCUUUUGAGUCCAAAGUUCUGGUGUAAAAAUUUCAAAGCAAAAUAUUUACAGCGGGUGAUUUUUGAGAAAACCGCUCCAGUAUAUAUUCUAAAAGAACAUUACACAACAUUCACGUUCUUUUGUAGAGGUCUCUGGCUGCCAAAAUAAUUUAUUCAAAUGAAAAUAGAAAACCAAUACACAUACAGAGGCUUAGAGGGUCAAAUAAACAAAAUAUUUAAAGCAACUGAACUGGGGGAAAAAAUUUAAUAUGUCAGCAUCAAACAUAGUUUACAGGUAUUAUUACCACUUUCAUGUGCUUUACUUUAGAGGUUUUAUGGGUACCAAUGUGGAAAUCAAGAUCAUUUGAUCAAACUGAAAUGAGAAAACAAAUGCCAACAGAGGUUUACUACUGCAAUAAAUUCAGAAAUUUAAAGAAAGCAAGGGAAACUUGUGCUAAAGAAAAUGUACACACUAUAUUCAUGUUUCAAUAUGGAGGCCUGUGACUGGCAAAAUCUCUGACUGAAAUGAAAAAACAAAUCCCAAGAGAGACUUACAGGCUCAAAGAAACGAAAUGAUUACAGUAAUUCUAACAAAAAAGGUAAUAUGUCAGAAAGGAACGUUAUGUACUUCAGUCAUGUUCAACCUUUUGAGAUCUCUGGCUGCCAGUAUGGCAUCAAAAACAUUUUCAAACCAAAAGAGAAAACGGUAACAGAAACGUACAGGUCCAAAGUUUUGGUGUAAAAUGUAGGAACUAAACAUUUACAGUCAGUAAUUUAAAGAACGUUAAGGCAAAAUGUCAUAAAGUAACAUUAUGUGCUGUAUUCAUGCAUUUUUAUGGAGGCCCAAGGCUGGAAAUAUUAAAGUCAAAGUUUUUUAAUCAAAUUGAAAUUUUGAAAAAUGGAGUGAGAUGUGCUGUCUUGUUUGAAUAAAUGAUUUACUUUUAACAUUGGCAGGUGUAGAAUUCCAUACCACAGCAAUGAAACGUUGCUGUCACUUUUGACUUUGACGCACAGAAACGUGUUUUUCUAUACAAUCUUUUUGUUUUCUAUCGAAGCCAAAGUAAACAUCUGAGUUGUGUGUUAAAUGUUGACUAAACACACAAUCGUAUAAUUGCUUUUUUUGUUGCUUUUUUAUAUUUUUCAUUUGAGAAAUUCAUUGGAACUUUAAUCCAGUUUUUGUGUCCUGAUAUAGAUCUGCUGUCAUGAAAGAGAGAAACCAAUGUUGAAAUCGACCACUGUUUGUCUCGUGUCUCUAAAAGUGACUAUGAAACCAUGGACACUCUCAUUUCUAAACGAUACGUCAUUGAGGCUUCUUGAUUCUCUUAAAUCGGUGGCGUUUGGUUUGUUUGGGCUGCUGAGAAUAAAACUUUGGUGCUGACUAAAACAGCAGUUUAUUAAAGGGACACUAUUGUGGAUUUUUUUUUGGUGUGAAAGCAAAACUACUGGGAUUUAUCAUAGAAGUGUUGUUGUAGCGUCAACAGUCUAACCUAUUUACUGAUUGUGAAAGCUGUCGAGGAAGGGAUCUGUUCUGAGAUUUGAUUGCUGUGACCUCAAAGGGGUCCUCAAGAUGGCGCUGAAGGGUCGCAAGAUCACAGAAACAAUCUCCACACGUACACAAAACGCAGCUGUUUUUGUUGCACAAAAUUCUCUCAAAUGCUACUAAACAUUCUGUUGGUCAGUGCUGCUCCUGAUAUUUAGCUGGUCGGUCUGUGUCUCUCUGACCCAUCCAGGUAAAUAAACUCACCUGGUUUCAGGUAUAUCUUACAUUAGAACACCUUGUUUCUCUCUGUUCAGACUCAUUUUAGGUCUCACAGCUGUCUGGGAUAUUACAUCAAAUCAUCAAAAGCUUCUGCUGGACCGUCUCUGUUUUGCUCAAGGUGUUUUUAUCAUCAACUAUGCAUACUUAAAGUGACAUCUGUGAAAUUUUAGAUUUAGAUCAGUUGUUUUUGGGAUACUUUUUUUUUAAAUGCCUGACUACCACUUUCAGCAGGUUUGUUCAUACAUUUACAUUUCAGGCUGUUAGAGCUAAGUCUCAGGUAUAUUUAGGAGAACCAUUUUAAAACUCCAGAACUCUUUUCAACUUGGAUUAUCUUUCUAAAUAUCCAUAUUUUAUGCUAUCGGUUCUUUAGGCAAAUCAGUGGUGGUUGAGCCCCUAUAGUUGUAUAAAAAUCUGAUCAUUUGAGUUGUAAUGAACCUCAGCUGAUGGAGACAAGAAGCUUCUUCGUUAAAGAAGUCACGUGCACCUAAAUGAAAACGUUAGUUGCACCAAUGCGCCAGUGUAAACAGCUGCAGCUCUGCCACUUUACCAAAUUGUUUUUGUCGUUAACUGGAGUCCUUAAGUCUAAAGAUAUUUAAUUUUAGAUUUAAAAUGGUGUAAAUGAUUUUAGUUCAGUUUCAACUCAUUUUUAUUUUUAUUGAAGACGAAACUCCUUUUUUUUGUCACUGUUUCAGGACUGAGAUCGCCUCCAAUGUCCUGUCUUAGUUAAGUGAUCAAAAUUUAAUGGGUUCUUGCUUUAUCCAUGUUCGACUUCUGCAUCAAGUUGAAUGAAAAUCUGCGUGGCACUUGUUGUUUAAUCCUGCUGACAUACAAACUUAACAGACAUGAAAUCAGAGAGUUUUUUUUUUACCUACCUACCUAAGAAAAGUAGCUUGUUUAAUUCUAAGCAAGUCAGACAGAAUUCUACUUGAAGUUGAGGAAGUCUGUAGGCCUUUUAACAUCCUGAAGCCUCGACUUUGCUCCAUUUUAAGGUUUUCUAGGGGCUAAUAAAAGUACCGUUACACCUCUACUGUAUGGGCUUUGUUUCUGUCACUCAUAUAUUAUGUUUUCAUGUUCUCUCUGCACACAAUGAUUUAUUUAAAUUAAAAGGAACUCUGGUUUCAGUUGUA